UGCGCCAGGCGCCGCCCCUCCGCGCAGCGCACACACGCACACACACAUCCUGUUCAGCUGAGGUUUGGCCACCGACCACAGGGACUCUUGGCCGGACUGAGAAAAAAAACCCUAAAAUGCUGCCUUUCCGCUCUAAACACAACUGAACUGCUGGAAAUAUAAGGAACUUUCCUCUUAGCCUCAGUUCCUGCCAGCACCAGCCAUGUCCUGCCGGGACAUCCACGCCACCAAUGCCUUCUCCUUCAUUAUUGCCUUAAUAUCUGUGGGAGGGAUCGCUGUGGCAACACUAAUCCCACAGUGGCGUGUGACAAGACUAGUCACCUUCAAUCGCAACGCCAAGAAUAUCAGCGUGUAUGAUGGGCUGUGGGCCAAGUGCGUGAAACAGGACGGCUACUCAGGUUGCUACUACUAUGAUUCAGAGUGGUACUCUAAAGUGGAUCAGCUGGACCUGAGGCUCCUCCAGUUCUGCCUGCCGACAGGUUUGCUGUUUGGCUCUACAGCCCUGCUGCUGUGCAUGGCCGGGAUGUGUAAGACCUGCUGCUGCUCCGACAAACCAGACCCAGACAUUAAGACCAUCCGCUGCCUGGUCAACAGCUCAGGCUGUCACCUAGUGGCCGGGAUGUUCUUGUUCCUGGGUGGAGCUAUCGCCAUAGCACCCUCAGUGUGGUUCCUGUUCCGCACAAAAGAGAUGAACAUCAUAUACGACAACAUUUUCUCGGAUGGGUUUGCUGUCUAUGUAGCCAUAGGUUGCUCUGGAGGUCUGAUGCUCGCUGCCCUGAUGAUGUUCAUGUGGUACUGCAUGUGUAAGAAGUUGCCUUCACCCUUCUGGUUGCCCCUCCCCUCGAUGUCAACUUCUCUGUCCACCCAGCCUCUCACUGCCAACGGAUAUCCUCCCUCCCCGGUCUACGGCCCCCAGCCUUUCCCACCACAGACCUACGCUCCCACUGUUAUCGAUGCCCAGCCUUAUGCACCGUCCCAGGGCUAUGCCCAGAGUGUGGCGGCCACUGUGCCACCCCAGGUCUACAUGUCGCAGAUUUCUGCUCCGGAUGGCUAUGGGUCAGAGGCAGGGGGGACUCAAGCCUACAGCUACGCUCCGUCUCAGAGCUAUGCUCCUUCUCAGGGCUACGCAUCCAGCUACGCCGGCCACCGCUACUCCACCCGCUCACGCAUGUCUGCCAUAGAGAUCGACAUCCCCGUACUUACACAGGGACAUUAGGAGAGACAGACUGAUGACCUCAGCACAUUGAAGUCUGCUCUCCAGUUUACGACAGCACUGAUCCAGUUCUUGCAUGCCUUCCUCUAUCGAUACAUUAAGAAAAUGAGGGAUGAAGGUUAAUACAAUUUAUGAGUGCUAUAUAAUGCCCUCUAGAGUGGCAGUUCCAAGCUGUCCAUUCGUUUCAGAUCUAAAAUAGCUGAUCAGAGAAUGAGCCUUAUUAGAGAGCCUGUAAGGUACCAUAUGAAGGAUAAGAUUUUCUCUAGAACAAAAAUCCAGCUGCCUGAUAGCACUGGUGUGAACAGACUUUCUCAACAGUUUAGUAUUGGUGAUUAAGUAGAGCCACACGGCUGGUUGGCAAAAGAUAAGUUUAAUGUUUUUUGUUACAUUUUUAUAUUGGGCAAAUCAUGUUAAUACACUAAUAAUGUGUCACUUUUAUAUUUAAAGCUGUCUCCGUGGAGGCCUUCUGUCAUCACUACUGUACAUAACACUGAUUCUGAUUAACCUCCAAGUCUUAGUUACUUGUUAAGUGGUUUUGAAGGGACGACUACUAACUGACUUACCCAUUUGUAUCCUGUGUCUUUCUGUUGUAUAACAUGAAUUCCUCGUAACGUCUCAGUGCCCUGUCGAGAGCAGCUGUUUUGUUUUGAAUGCACUAAUUGAUGUGAAUACUGUGCCAGGUUACAUUUGCCUUUGUAAACACAUUUUGUUAGCCUUGACUAUGUUUGAACAGUAUGGCCUCUAGCACAUUGCAUAACUUGUAGAUUUGUUGUACGUAUAAUGUUAACAUGAAUUUUAAUCAGAAUAUCUCAAGGAUAGCACUGAAAAUAACGCCAUAGUUUUCUGUUGGACACAGUGUUUGCUGAUUACAGUAUUUCUGUAUAGGAUUAAAUUUUAGUGUAGUGUAAUAAGUUAAAGGAUUGAAAAUCAUGUCCAUUUCUGCUCUCAAAUGCUAUCUAAUAAAAUGGUUUCCAUUUGGGAUACACAAUAAUAUCGGAACGUUAUCAGUAUCAGUCGAUAUUGGCUUUAAAAUGAAAUAUCAGUAUUGGCCCAAUUCAAAAUUUCUGCUGAUAGGUCAAAUCUGCCCUGGUUGAGGCUAAUGUUAGGAUUGUCUUAAGGAAAGUGUCAUCCCCUGCCCGUUUAAGUAGGAUGAAUCUUUAAAUUUUCUUUGAAAGAAGAUGUUGGGCAAAAAUGAAAUUAAGUUGUGUGUAUAUAUUUUGAGAAGCAUUUUAUUUUAUGUCUGCCUCUGCCAGUGGGCCGCCACAAUAAGAUUGGGCAAAAUAAUAUGUUCAUUCCACUACAAGAGACACCUGAUGUUCUCACCAAUGAGGUGAAAAAAAUAUGUGCCUAUAUCAGUUAUCAGAAUCAGCAAUCAGCCAAAAGAGUUGGAAAAUAUCAGCAUUUGAGAUAUUGUAAAAAAGAAAAAAAAAAAAAUCAAAUAUCAUGCAUCCCUAGUUUCCAUGGGA